AUGACCGCUGUCUCACAGACCUUCAUCAUCCGCCUCGCGCGGCGCAGCGACAUCCCCGCGAUGGCGCACAUCGUCUACGCCGCCAAUCACGAUGCCACCAACACGACCGAGGACGAAAUGAUGCAGAUCGCCGAGCUGGAUAUCGAUCCGACCGUGGGGCACAAGUUGUCGCGCGAUGAGGAGCUGGUGCGGACCGAAGCGCGAUUUACCGAGUUGUUCGACGAGGGUGCGAAUCGAUUUGUCGGCGUAUACCUUCUUCCGACGCUCACGGACGAAGGGGAGAAGGAGAAGGGAAAGGAGAAGCCGGAAGAUGGGGAGGUUGUGCCAGAGGGAGCAGUGUUGGUCGGCCAAGCGGUGUGGUUGAAAGUCGGCAAGGACACCCCGUCUGACCAACCGGCAAUGGAUAAGCUAGUGCAGGACAAGCCGGUCAUGAUCAGUCGCUUCAAAGCACAAAUCACACGGACGAGAGAAGCACAGAUGAAAGGGAGGGACUAUUGGUGGUUGAAGGUCCUCACUGUGCAUCCCGAGUACCAACGACGAGGGUUGGGAAGCAUGCUCGUCAAAUGGGGCACACAAAAAGCGGACGGAGACGGUUUGCACGGAUGGCUUGAGACGAGUCCCAUGGGCCUGGGGGCGUAUCUGAAAGCAGGCUUCAAAGUCGCCGGCAUGGACAGGAUCGACGAGCCUCGAGCCAAGAGAGGCCACUUGGAAUGGCCGUAUAUGAUCUAUGACUCGCGAGGGACGCAGUAG